AUGGCUUCGACAAGUCGAGCUAUCGGCACGACGCAACUGCCUGGAUAUGAAACGCUUGCUUCACACCUCGAACUUCUCUUGACUUCCCACUCACCGUCGUUCAUCUACCUCUACGAUCCAGAGACUCCAAGGAUUGCAGCCUCCGCUGUGCGCUCCGUGCUGCAAACAGUCUCCGAGCAGGAGCCUCUUGUGCAUCUGCGAUACGCCUGUAGCAAUGCCGUAGCAUGCUUCACACCUCGUCUCUUCUAUGACUCUGUCAUCAAUGCGCUCGCUCGCUGGACCCCUACUUGGGAAGACGGAUGCCAGAACUGGCCGGGCACGAGCGCGGACGGACAGCGGUGGAACGAGAGCUUGGACACGUUUGUGCACGGAUUGCGUGACGUCUAUGCGCAGGUGCAGGCAAGCGUGCAUGGAUCUUCUUCCCAGGACAGGGGUCAGGUGAAAGGAAAAGCGAAGGCGAGAGUCAUGCAGCCGGAGGGAGAUGAAGCCUAUAGGCUGGUCCUGGUGAUCGAGCGGGCGGAACGUCUCAGGGAAACUAUGCCAGAUCUCGUCGUCCCCCUGACUCGUCUGGCUGAAUUGGCGCAACUAGACAUUGUCACGAUAUUUAUUUCCGACGUCCGCUGGGAAGAUAUACGUCCAUCACUGGGAGCGUCGCCGGAGCCGUUCUACAUGGACGCACCACUGAUUUCAAAACAAGCUACCCUGGAGAUGUUGGAGUCUCUUUACCCAACUCAAAACUAUGUGCCUGGAAACAUUCAUCAAGACACCUAUGAUCCUGCUCUCCGGCCGCUCUACUCUCAUUUCCUAGAGACGCUAUACAGUAUCUGCUCGCCAUUCACCCACGACCCCUACGAGCUGGCCUACAUCGCUGCAGCACGGUGGCCCGGCUUUGUCAAGCCGCUCCUCAUGCUGCAAGGUAGAACAUCACCACGGGCACAUUGCAACGCUGACGGGCGGAAGAACAGUAGACAAGCUGGUGACCUGAGUGACGGCGAGGAAGAACUCUCCGAGAUCGUCCCGCCCACAGAAGACACGCGCAUUCGCCUCACACGCAUCUUCACGCCCACGUUCACCGCGGCGCUCGAGGCGCUCUACCCUCGCCUCACCAACGCGGAGCACUGGGCACGCGCCAACAUGCCAGACGAGGCCAUGCUCGCUGCGCUUGCAGCAGGGCUACGGCCCGGAAUUGGAGGGCAUGUAGACGGGGCUUUGGGUUCCGGUGUGGACGCAUUGCCCCGACUUGCGAAGUUCGUGCUCGUUGCGGCGUUCCUCGCAAGCACCAAUCCACCAAAGACGGACAUGCGGAUGUUUGGCAGAGGUCGCGACGAGCGUGCCAAGCGGCGGCGGAGAAGGGGCGGGGGCCCAAGGAGACCGAAGGCGGGUAGCACGGGCGCGGGAGUCAAAAUACCACAGCACCUCCUGGGCCCCACGGCUUUCCCCCUCGAUCGACUGCUCGCUAUCUUGGGAGUACUCCUUGAAGAAAACGACGCGGAGGCGCGACCACUGGCGCCACAAUUCACUCUGCCGGGCGAAUACACCGAUAUGGAGAUCUCACGCCUGGCCGUGUACGGCCAAAUUAUGGAGCUCGCGUCAAUGCGGCUGUUGCUUCGCGCCUCUCCUGAUAAACUGGAAUCCACACCGACUUACAAAUGUGGCAUCUCUUAUGAGACAGCACUCGCGCUCGCGAAAGAUGUGGGGAUUAUGCUGAAUGACUUACUAUGGGAGGUCGUGUAA